AAAAGACCCAAUCUGCAUGAUGUCUGCUUCCACAUCUUGAAUGUUUUUAUCCCCAUGAACAGAGUGUUCUGAGCGUCAACACAAAGUGGAAGAGCCUCGAGCUGAAGGCGCUGUGUAUUAUUUGCACUGAAGACUCUUUUCUGUGGACAGGAAAGGGCUGUGAGGUCAAAUGGACCCCAUGGAACUGAACAACGUCAGCAUCGAACCCGACGGAGACAGCUGCAGCGGGGACAGUAUUCAGGACAGCUACACCGGCAUGGAAAACUCCGACAAGGACGCCAUGAACAGCCAAUUUGCUAAUGAAGAUGCCGAAAGUCAGAAGUUCCUGACAAAUGGGUUUUUAGGGAAGAAGAAGCUAGCCGAUUACGCGGAUGAGCAUCACCCUGGAAUGACUUCCUUUGGAAUGUCCUCAUUUAACCUGAGCAACGCCAUCAUGGGCAGUGGGAUCUUAGGCUUGUCCUAUGCCAUGGCCAACACCGGGAUCAUCCUUUUUAUAAUCAUGCUGCUUACUGUGGCAAUACUCUCGCUCUACUCGGUUCACCUUUUGCUGAAGACAGCCAAGGAAGGAGGGUCUCUAAUCUAUGAAAAAUUGGGCGAGAAAGCAUUUGGAUGGCCUGGGAAAAUUGGAGCCUUCAUCUCUAUUACAAUGCAGAACAUUGGAGCCAUGUCAAGCUACCUCUUCAUCAUUAAGUACGAACUGCCUGAAGUAAUCAGAGCAUUCAUGGGACUUGAAGAAAACACUGGGGAAUGGUACCUCAACGGCAACUACCUCGUCUUAUUUGUGUCCGUGGGGAUCAUCCUCCCGCUCUCUCUCCUUAAAAAUUUAGGCUACCUUGGCUACACCAGUGGAUUUUCUCUCUCCUGCAUGGUGUUUUUCGUCAGUGUGGUGAUUUACAAAAAAUUCCAAAUUCCCUGCCCUCUGCCUGCUCUGGAUCACAACAACGGAAAUCUGACGUUCAACAACACACUUCCGAUUCACAUGAUCUCGCUGCCUAAUGACUCGGAGAGCUCGGGUGUGAACUUCAUGAUGGAUUACGCUCACCACAACCCAGCUGGGCUGGAUGAGAAGCAGGUCGCAGGCCCUCUUCACAGCAAUGGCGUGGAGUACGAAGCCCAGGGUGCUGAGAAAUGCCAACCAAAAUACUUUGUGUUCAAUUCCCGGACGGCCUAUGCAAUCCCAAUCCUGGCUUUUGCUUUUGUCUGCCACCCUGAGGUCCUUCCCAUCUACAGCGAGCUUAAAGAUCGAUCCCGCAGAAAGAUGCAGACGGUGUCCAACAUUUCCAUCUCAGGCAUGCUCGUCAUGUACCUUCUUGCGGCCCUCUUUGGUUAUCUGAGCUUCUACGGGGACGUUGAAGACGAGCUGCUGCAUGCUUACAGCAAGGUCUACACAUUUGAUACGGCUCUUCUCAUGGUGCGCCUGGCAGUCCUGGUGGCAGUGACACUGACCGUGCCCAUCGUGCUGUUCCCGAUCCGUACUUCGGUGAUCACACUGCUGUUUCCAAGGAAACCCUUCAGCUGGCUGAAGCAUUUCGGGAUCGCUGCAAUCAUCAUCGCACUCAACAACAUCCUGGUCAUCCUCGUGCCUACCAUCAAAUACAUCUUUGGAUUCAUAGGGGCUUCUUCUGCCACUAUGCUGAUUUUCAUUCUUCCGGCUGCGUUUUAUCUCAAGCUCGUCAAGAAAGAACCUCUAAGAUCACCCCAGAAGAUUGGGGCUUUGGUCUUCCUUGUGACUGGAAUUAUUUUCAUGAUGGGAAGCAUGGCGCUCAUUAUACUCGACUGGAUCUACAACCCGCCGAAUCCCAAUCACCACUAAUCCCGGGGAGACGCGUCUCCACUGGAAACAGCUGAAAUUGUCUGAAGGACAUUUUAGUUGUCUUGAUUGGGAUGUUAGUCUGAGGAAUUAGCAAGAUUCCAAAGACGUUUUUCUAGCUCUAUCAUGGGAUACUUGUGGAAGAGAAAAUUAUGGGUUUUGUUGGGAAUGGUUUUGUUGGGAAUGGUGAAGGAUGCAUUAAAAAUUCUGUGGCACACAUUUUAACCCAGGCCGUGCAGUGCAGUGUGUGAUGCCCGAGUUGUGUUUGCAGCAGCUGUGCAAGCUGAAGCCUGUUGGCUGCGUGUGUUGGUCAGCAGACAAUAGCCUGUCCCCCCAUGGUCACUCCACUUCUCUCCACCCCCAGAUUAACAGGUAAUUCUACUCUCAGAACAUCAGACAAAGACCUCCUGGUUGGCGAAGCUAUCAUCAGUUACGGCCAUCUCUCACUCUACACCAACACUAAGGGUCGGUUGACUAGCUGAGGCAGGGGGAUAUCUUGGGAGCUGUCCCUGUGAGGAUCAUGAAUGACGGUUGCCAGUAUAGAGUACUUCAUUUCAAUACUCAAGGAAUAGUUUGCCCAACCUGCUUAUUACACCGAGUUAGUGAAUUUUCAUUCUUUUUAUUUUUUGGUAUGGCAAAUGUUCAAACAUCUCACUAAACAUAGAGGGGGGUUAUUUAGUUUAUCAUGAAACAACUACCAAAAAGUAAUGGUUUUUAACAUCUGCCUUUUCAUGUUGUUUCUGAUAUCUUUGUUCCACUUUGUCUUUGAACAAGGCUUCCCCUCUCGUCUUCCGUUCUCACUCUUCGUAAUUUUCAGAAGACCACAGUCCGUGUGGAGACACACUACCCAGUAUUGUUUGAUACAUCUCUAUUUGAUAAACAUUCAGUGCAGGAAACUGUGAUUUUGCUAUAUGUUUGUGUACAUAAUCUCAUUCUGCAGUUAUCAGAACGUUGACAUAUGGGACAUUGGAUUUUUAUUUUUUACAUAUGUAGGUUUUUUUUUCUUCACAGACAAAAUGUUUAUAUCAUCAGGGUGGGGCAGGGAAUUAAGCUGGUGGGCUCAAAAAUCCAUGGGUACUUAUCUGUCCAUUGGAGACAUCUAAAAAUUAAAGUCAAAGUUGUGCAUAGUUCAGUAAUGCUCUUCACUGUUUACAAGACUAUAAUCAUCUCAGCAAAGUAGCGAAGGAAGGGUUUGUAAAUAAUUUUCAGUGCUAACAAUGGUCUUUGAAUUUAACAUGUCUAGAAUAGGGUUUAGUUCAUUUUAGUUUACAUCGGAACUUGGUGACAUUCAUUUGCCAUUAAUAGAACAUCGUGUGGUUAGGAAUAAAUGCACCAACAUGACCCAAAACCACAUUGCUCACAUCCAUGGACGCUUACACGGGAUGGAGUUCAGACUCCGCCCACUGCCUAGAAUCUCUGGCAUUGACUUCUUUUUUUCAAUUACUGGUUGUAUAUUUUACAUUUCAGUAAAAAGCCAAGUCUGAAAUGCAAGUAUCCUACAGGUAGUGAUAGUACUGUCACACCAAAGCAGUUUUUCAACAGUGUGCCUAAGAAACAUAUAUUUGUUUACUGUGUCAUUUUCUGGACCUUAAGACUAUACAAUGGUGUGCUUUGUGAUAGAAAUUGAGCAUUACUAGAAACUACCAUAACUUCGGAGUUAUUAUCAUUUGGGAGGGAAAAAAAUCACCAAAUAGGAUCUUUAAGAUGUCUUUCUAUUUUCAUUCAUCCAAGAAAUAAAUCAAGAUAGAAAGCAGAAAGGGUGUGCUGCAAAUAUUAAAUAUAUUUUAUCUGAACAUAUUAAAUGUGAAUAUAAAAGAUUAAUCCAAAAAUAUUGGAAACCUGUGAAAUCUGUACGUAUUUCGAAUCUUUACACUUAGAGCAGCUAACCUGGAAGUAUCCACUUGUGUAGUUAGAUAUUCAAGAGCAAUAUCACAGUGCCAAAGACUUCAUUCACACAGCACCGAUCAUUUGUGUGGCCGUUUUCAGGAUUAGAGUUCACACAGACUCCAGGGCAGAUACUCAGAAUACCGUUUUCUGGUAAAUUUAACCCAUUUGUAAACAGAUACAAAUUUUAUUUUCUUACAUCAUUUAUAAGACGGUUCAAUGUACUGGGGGGAUUUUUUUUAUUACAGACUGUGUAUUGGUAUAUAAUAAAUAAACUUUUCAAAUG